AAACAUGAACCCCAAGUCUAAUCUCGACCUCCCUUUAUGAUUUCAUGGUCUUCAAAAUUCAUUAAACUCUUUAAAGGGCGCUGCUGAGGGUAUGCCUCCGCAAAAGACACAAAAGACCAGCCAUACGCCGUCAUCUCAACUGAUCGAAACAACGCCGUUGAACCCUAUCACAAAUUUUAUCAAGCGACAUAGUCGCAUACAUUCUUUGCCGGGGACUGGAAAAGGGAAACAGGUGCAAGAGAAGCCGCUUGCCAAACCUCAAACCAGUGCUUCUGCUGCUGUUGCUGCAAGCCCAGAGAAGCCCAGUCCACCUACUCAGACACAUCUCGAUUUUACAAAAAAACCAAAGCAUUGUUCGCCUUUAUCCCCACAAGAACAAAAUGCAUCACAGAAAGACCUUGAGAUCGUGCGGAAGCUUGAGAACGAACUUGAGGAAGUGAAACGAGUUGUCAUGGAGCUACAACAACAGGCAGAGCAGGAAGAGACCAAACUUCAUCUCGCAAGAUCUGAAUUUCAAAAGGAAGAGGAUGAUCUCAUGGAACGUAUUGACAAUGCAGAGAAAGAGCAGGUGGAAGUGAAAGCACAAGUUGCUGAUCAAGAACAAGAGAUCGAAAAACACAGUAAAUGGAUAGAUGAACUAGAGCAACAAGUCGGUGAAAAGACUUUUGAGGCCGAUGUAUGGAGAGCUGAAGUUGAAAAAUAUGAAGCCGAGAUUGCAGAAAAGAUCAUGUUUAAUGAGCUUGACGAGGAAAGAUUAGUGUUGGAAGCACUUGAGUUAGAGCGUGAGGAGGUAAUGGCGAGGUUAGAAGAAAAUGACAAGAAGGUACAGAAGCUUAGAGAAAAAUCUGCCUUGGUAGCUGAAUUAAUAGAACAGAUUAAGUUUAUUUCGGACGCUGAAGCUCAGCUGGAAGACGCGGAUUUCGAUCUCGAAGGCGCUGGGUUGCAAAUGAAACUGGAUUUAUCGAUUGAACAAGAAUUUGAGGCCCUUAGAAGCAGAUACAGCCUAAGCAAGGGUAGUGACAUGGAUAAGGAGGUUGCAAAGUACCAGGCGCGACUUACGAGCAAGUUUAAUAGACACCUCUCAUCCCUGAUUCUUCAGCAUAAUGUGAAAAAGGAACAGGUGGCCAUGAAGACACGAGCACACGAAGCACGGUUGCAAAAAUUGCAGAUAAAUAUCGAGGAUGCCCGAAGGACUAUAGAUCACUCAAAAGGCGAUUUCAAAGAGGCCGAGCGUGAGCGUCAGGAGAUCCGAUCUAAGAUGGAAGCAACAACGAAAGAGAUUGAAGAAGUCAGGAAGCAACUUGCCUGUUUUUAAACUGUUGUUUUCACUUAUUUCACUCACUGUCUUACUUGUUUACAGCACUAUUAUUAUUAUCCCUUGAGAUUGUGGAGAGCUUGUUAUAUGCAUUACCCCUGUCGUUCCUGCUUCAUUUGCAUCCUAUUUUACUACCCUAGUCAUCUUUAUCCGUUGUAAAUAAUAUUUUUUUUUUUAGCGAGCGUAAUACAUUUCCCACAA